CGCCCCGGUCCCGCCUGAGCGCAGGGAGAGGCGCCGCGCAGCCCUUGGCCAGCAUGGGGCACCGCGGGGACACGGCGCCCUGCCUGCCUCUUCUCCUCCUCGUCCUGCUGCUGCUCGCUUUCGGCAGAGGGCGUAUUGUGAGAGUGCCCAAAGGUCCUCUUAUUCGAGUGGUGGGCACGGAGGUGGCGAUCCCCUGCAGCGUUAGUGACUAUGAUGGACCUAGUGAGCAGAACUUUGACUGGGAGUUCUCCCGGGAGACUGACUUCGUGCGGAUAGUGAGUACCUGGGAUUCUACCUUCACCUCUGAGGAGUACCAAAAACGCGUGGGCCGCGGGGAUAUCAAACUGAGACGGAGCAGCAACGAUGCUGUGGAACUUGUGAUUAGAAACAUCCAGCCAGCUGACCAAGGGAGAUACAAGUGCUCCACGCCCAGCACUGAUGCCACCGUUCAGGGAAAUUAUGAUGCAGAGGUCCAAGUGAAAGUGAUUUCCGACGGCUUGUCCGUGAGCGGUUCAAAAGGACGUUCCUCGACUCCUCUCCGCCUGUCUGAGGGGGACUCCUUCAGGCUGCGCUGCUCAGCAGUUACCACCUCACCAGAGCACACUCACCUGCAUGUGACCUGGCAGAUCAAAAGUGGAUCAGCUUGGCAGGACAUCCUGUCUUUGACUCAUGAGGGCAAAUUCCAGCCGGGUGCUGGCUAUGAGGAGCGGUACCGUAAUGGAGAUAUCCGCCUGGACACGGGAGCGAACGACACGUACCGGCUGUCCGUGUCCCAGGCUUCCUCGGCGGAUGGGGGGGCCUACAGGUGUCUUGUGAGCGAGUGGGUGAGAGGGGCCGAUGGCUCGUGGCAGAGGAUCCAGGAGAAGAGCGUGGAGAUAGCGAGCGUGUCCAUCCAGCGGACGGCUCUAGAUGUGGUCAUCUCAACAAGCAAUGUGUCUGUGACUGAAAGAGACUCCCUGGAUCUUACAUGCAACAUCACAACAGACAGGAGUGGUAUUUUCCAGGCAGAGGUGAUGUGGUAUUUUUCUGCAUCACCUGAUGAUACCUUGUCAGAUGCUCAGCUUUUGCUGAGCAUGGACCGUGAUUCUGUUGUCAGUGAUUCAACUCUGAUCAGCCUGAGCCAUGUAGACAGGAACUCCUAUCGCCUGUUGGUGCGGGAUGUGGAUGUGGAAGACUCCGGCUACUACUUCUGUGAAGCAGCUAUCUGGGUACCCCUGCACAAUGGGAGCUGGCACAAGGUGGUGGAGAGGACAUCUGCACCAGUCAGUGUGGUAGUGACACCGUUAGAGCCAGACUAUGAUGUGUUCCUGAAUGCAUCUAAAACACCCAAGUUUUUGGAUGACCCUACAGAGCUCAACUGCAGGAUCACAAACGCGCAGGACACCGAGGCAAACCUCCGCUUCACAGUCUCCUGGUACUACAGGCAGCGCCUGCCCAGCGAUGAUGUGGUGACAGAUGAACUCCUGGCCACGAUGGACGCAGACUGGACUCUGCUACCUGGGGACAGGAGCAGAGAGCGGAUUCAGAAUGGGGAAAUAAUCUUUUCUAAAAGGUCUGUCGACACCUUCAGUUUGCGAAUCCAGUGGACUUCAGAGAGCGACAGAGGGGAUUACUUCUGUGUCAUCUCUGCGUGGAGUAGGCACCGCAACAACAGCUGGGUAAAGAGCAAAGAUGUGACUUCUGCACCUGUCAACAUUUUCUGGGCUACACAAGAUUACACGCUCACAGUGGAGGCGGUGAAAUUGAAGCCGUUCUUUGUAGCAGGCCACACCUUUGAGAUGACAUGCAAAGUUUCUUCGAAGAACAUCAAAACGCCGCGCUACUCUGUCCUCAUCACGGCUGAGAAGCCGCUGACGGAUCAGUCGAAUCCCAAUGGAACCACCCGCAUCAUCUCCUUGAACCAGGACUCAGUGGUGCGGCUGGAAGACUGGACGGACCAGACGCGUGUGGACGGCGUGGUUCUGGAGAAGGUCCAGGAGAACGAGUUCCGCUACCGGAUGUACCAGACCCAGAUCUCCGAUGCUGGGCUGUACCGCUGCGUGGUGACCGCCUGGUCUCCAGGCGGUGGUGGCAUGUGGCGCGAAGCAGUGAAUGGCUUGUCCAACCCUAUCCAGAUAGACUUCCAGACGUCAGGUCCUGUGUUUAAUGUCUCAGUGCACUCUGACAGCCCGACGAUCUACCAGGGGGAAGUGGCAGAUUUGCUGUGUAUCGUCACGAUGGAAGGAAUGGCACUUGAGCCAGAUGAUGUGUCCUUUGAUGUCUCCUGGUUUGCCGUGCGCUCCUUCGCCUUGGACAGAGAGCCCAUCUUGCUGGCCUCGCUGGACCGGAGAGGGAUCGUGACGCAGAGCAGGAGGAAUGGGAGCAGUGAUAUCAGCCUGGAGAGAAUCAGCCUGCUGGAAUUCCGGCUCCGUGUGCAUGGCUGUGAGGACCAUGACUUUGGGAACCACUAUUGCGUGGUGACCCCCUGGGUGCGAUCUGCCACGAGUGUAUGGCAGCGGGAACCCGACAUCAAAGCCAAACCCAUCUUUCUGUCUGUGAAAAUGGAUGUUCUGAAUGCUUUCAAGUAUCCCCUGUUGAUUGGCAUCGGUCUGGCCACUGUCAUUGGACUCUUAUCCUGCCUUAUUGGCUACUGCAGCUCCCGUUGGUGCUGCAAGAAGGAAGUGCAGGAAACACGGCGAGAGCGUCGUCGGCUAAUGUCGAUGGAGAUGGACUGAGUGCGGGAGCAGGACACACUUGCAUUUCGGGAGAGACUCACAGGGCUCUUGGAUUGUGUUGAGACACUUGCUCACAGGCCCAGACAAGACAGUGCAUUUGCUCUGAUUUCAGCCUGGACCUCAAGCUUCUCCUUGUUACACAUCAUGUCCUGAGAACAAUCAGGCCAUAUUUAGCAACUUGGGAGUUCUCUUUUUCCAGCAGCACUUUCUGCAUAGGGAUCAUGUCCUUCUAAUGUGCAAACUGUUGAGCCUUCUUUCAGCAGGGCCCUGUGACAAAAUUCAUUAAGGUUUUGUUUGUCUGUUGAUUGGUUUUAUUUCCCCCCCUCUUGGUUUUGGAAAGAUGUUCCUGUAUGAAAGCAUGGUGGGCAGGAUGAUGAAUUGGAAAGAGGCUGGUGUUAGACUUUCAUUGUAUUAACUGAUCUACUUUUCCCCUCUAUCCCCAUCACACCAUCCUGUCCCCUUUCUCUGUCCACCUUAGUAUCUCACAGGCUUCUCUGUGUUGGGUUGAAGGCUGGAGAAGGUUCUUAUGCUGGAACCAUCGUGAGGCUGUUUCGGCAAAGAAUUGGUUUAUGGGUGCCAGCUGCCUUCUCUUCCCUGGCUUUCCAAGAGGUUUCAGUUAAUCCUGAAACAUAGCUUACCUGGUGGAGGUCUGAGGCACUUUUAAAAAUCUCUUAUUUUCAGUGCUCAAAGUUCUUAGCUGUGGUUAAUAGGGGCUAACUUGGCAACCCUGAAGAAGUCAAUCCUCAGACAAGCAUUUGAUGGAUGUCUGCCUAUGACCACCUUCUCCCCCACCCUUCCACCUUCUCUUCUGCCCACUACAGCUGCUCACGUUGUGCCUGAGACCCUGUUCUGCUUGUGGCAGGGGGGCACAUGGUAUCCAGAGACAAGGCUCAGCCUUCUGCUGGCCUCAGCAGAGAGGUGGGAGACAUUGGCCUUCUGGUGAUGGUAUGACUUGGGAAUAAAAUAAGAGGUGGAUCUUUGUCUGCAGUUGGCCAACUGAUCAUGUUUAGAGAAGACUUGUAAACUAUGUUUUACCAAAUGCACAGACCAGACCCCAGUGCUGCUUCUACCAGUCCCUCGGUGGUCACCCUGGAACCUUGUGAGCAGAGUCAGAUCUGCAGUAGCUGCAGUGCAACUCAGGCUAGGAAUAGGAGCAAAUCCCCAAGGGCAGCAAGAAUCCUUCAGGUUUCAGCAGUCCUGGCCUUGAGCACAGGCCUGCAGCAGGGCUUUCCACAUGGGCUUGAGACCUAUUCCUCGGUGCUACAGUACACAAGCCCUGCUUUGGUCUUCCACUUACACUGACCUGGCUCCUGAGUGGGAGCAAUAUCUUUUCCAGGCAGUUCUGUCUUCCCAGCACAGCUGGUGUUUUAAGCAAUAAAGGUCAGAAUAAAGAUACUGUGCAUAAACAAAUGAGGAAGUAGGACUGCUCCACAACCUGAUGUCACAGGCAGGGUUUGGCUUGCAUCAAGAAAGGUGAGAGAUGCAGAGUUGAGGCCAGGGCUCAGUGCUUUCCAGUUUUUUUUGAGAUAAGAGAUGCCAAAGAAGAGCAUCCUUGGAAGGUAGUGGCUGUGGUGUGCUGUUACCAGUCUGGACGUUAGUGAUGUACUACUAGACAAUCUGCUUCACUAAUAACUCAUCCCACUGCCUAUUCCAGGGGAGAUGCACGUCUAGUAUCUGGGCUGUGAAGGGUUUUUUUGUGGUAAGUUUUCUUUGUGUGUUUUUUUCCCUUGUCUAGCACUGUGACCUCUGUUCUGAGGCUGACAUGAGGGUGUUUUCCAGAAGGCUGUUUCGCUUCCAGCAUGUGAACACACAUGCAGCCCCAUAUGUAUGCAUAGAGUAUUCAGAGGUGUGUCCAGUGAUUUUUGGAAGCUGAUUAUGAAACAUUUUCAAAAUGGACUUGAUUUGCAGAGCUGGGGCUUGCAACUUGUUAUUUGACUCUUUAAGACUUUUUGUGUAGCAUUCCAAAACUGGGAUAUGCAAAACCACUGAACCUCUGAAAGACUUUGGCCUGAAUAUUCAUAGCAACUUUUCUUUCUGGCCUGAUGUUUUUCUUUCUGGAAGAACUUUGAAAAGGGCAAUGUUGCAGGCAGACAUAGCUGCCUUUCCUGAAGAACAGGACAGAAGUACUCUCAAGCUUCCACUGUGAAAGCCCAGAAAUCUAUAGCAGUGCUGUACAAAGGGAGUUCAGGAAAGGAUUCACUCAAAUAUUUUGACACCAAGAAUUUUCCUUCCUUCCCUGUUAGUCUGCUGUAGUGAAAUCUUGUUUUCUUCCUUGGAUCUUAUGAAACACCAUUCUGAUGUUUGGGAUGCUGGCUGAUCUAGCAACUUCUUUCCUGCAUUAACAUCUACUUUCUUCACAGAAGGCCUGUGGCACUGGGGCCUCUGGGGAGGGGUGGUAGUGGUGGUGAAGUUCCAAGCACAGCAUCAGUCACUUUUUAACCUGACAGACUGACUCCUUGUCUAUAUGCUCUUAGUUAAGUCUUAGGGAGAGAGGUUCAUGACUGUAAUGCAAUAAUUAGGGAACAGAUGAGCAGGGAACCACCAACUCUUCCCAAACACACAACAUAGCACAUUUCUUCCCUGCUGGAAAAAACUCAGGGUUAUUUUGGUCAGGGCUCCCUGCUUCUCUAGUGAAAGGUCCCCAUGUCCUUAUGCUGAUCUUCCUUCAUGGCCUGUAACAAGCCGUCUUUGUCACUCCAAGUGAAGGAAGUUUGCCACUAACUUCUAUUGCUGACAGCCCCUUGGAAGGCAAUGCUGCAUCCCAUUCCACCCUGUAUUUGCUGUAGUUGGAAGGCUAGAAGCUGAGCGGCUAGACCUAGGCCCCAGGUUUCCUUCUACUUGUGCCAAUUUUGUAUUAUCCCCUUUUUUAAAAACAGAGCAUGAAUCUUCUCUCUAAUGAAAAAAAUCUAGGCCACUUUUCAUGGUUUUAAUUAUUAUUAUUAUUAUUAUUUCCUGUGUGACCAGGGUUUGUGUGAGUGGAGGUGUGUGUGCAUCUGGUUGUGUAUUAAACCUGCAGAGUGUCAGAAGAAUAAGCUGCCUGAGGUGCAGUACAAGCAUCCAUAUCCUCCCUGCUGCAACCUGUGGUAUUGUCAAAGUAUCCUAAGGGCUCACAUUGAUCUUCCUCUUUUCACAUUGCCACAUCUCCUGGUUAAGCUGGUAAAUUCCUCCAGGCACUUGGAAUUUCAAUCCAGGAUAACCUUGAACAUCAUAAAACAGAAGGACAAGAUAUUUUCUUUCUUUUGUUUUAAUUUCAAAGUUAUGAAAUAAAGUUUUGGGCGCAAUUCUGGAAUGCAGGUACUGAAUAGUUCUAACAGUGCUGUGUAAAAUGUUUCUUUUUAUGUUUAAAAUAAAGAGCGAGCCUUUUUGAUUA